AUGUCUUGGUCACCUCAACCAGAGGCACUUAGCCAGUUGGCACAAGUGCUAGCCCACUCGACGUCUUCAUCUAAACAGUAUCGAUCACAAGCUAGGAAGGCUUUAGAUGAUGCCAAAUCCCAACCUGAUCUGGACAACUAUUUGGCAUAUUUACUGGUUAAUCACUCAGACGCUGUUGGUCAAGAUGUUCGUGGUACCGCUGGUCUGCUACUAAAAAAUAAUAUUAGACCCAGGUACGCCCAACUACCAGCCGAAUCACAGAAUUAUAUCAAGACUGAAGUCCUGAAGGGACUAACUGAUCCAGUUUCCCUAGUGCGUAAUGUUGCUGGAAAUGUUAUUACUACACUUGUUUCAGUAGCGGGUAUUGAAGGUUGGCCUGAAGUGCUACCCAAUCUUAUGUCAAUGGCAGAGACUGGAGAUGUUCGAGCUCAAGAAGGCGCCAUGAGUGCGCUAGCCAAAAUCUGCGAGGACUCCGCUUCGCAAUUGGAUGCUGUAUAUGACGGCCAACGACCACUCAACUUUAUGGUACCAAAGUUUCUUCAGUUUACUACCUCAUCAUCCCCAAAAGUCAGGAGUCAGAGCAUCUUUUGUCUUACUCAGUUUAUAUUGAUUUCUUCGCAGGCGUUAUUGGCCCAUUUGGAUACAUUUCUUAAUACUCUGUUUUCUUUAGCGAGCGACAACGAUUCAGAUAUAAGGCGUAACAUCUGCUCGGCGUUUGUAUUACUGCUCGAGGUUCGUUCAGAUAAAUUGUUGCCUCAUUUAGAAGGUGUUAUCAAUUACACCCUGCAUUGUAUUAAAGAUGAAGACGAGCAAUUGGCAUCUGAAGCAUGCGAAUUCAUUCUUGGAUUAGCAGAGUCAUCUGUUCCACAAGAUCAAAUUGAACCACACUUACCAAAAAUACUUCCUGUUAUUCUUUCGACUAUGGUAUACUCUGAAGUUGAUAAAUAUAUUCUAGAGGGUAUUGAUGAGGACGAUGCCCAAGUGGCUGACAAGGCAGAGGAUGUUAAGCCUGUAAACAUCAAGUCGAAAAACGCUCAUUCUGUGGAGAAAAAGACUGGCGAGGAUGACUCCAGUAAGCAUAAAGAAUCGAAAAGUUUGCAUUAUGAAGAGGAAGACGGGGUAAAUGAUCAAGAUGACCAGGAUGAUGACGACGAUGAAGAGGAUUUCGAAGGUGGUCUGGAAGAGUGGAAUCUUAGAAAAUGUUCCGCUGCUGCACUUGAUGUUUUUGCUAGUAAUUUUGCUGAUACAGUUGUUCAAAUAUCACUUCCUUAUCUUACUGAAAAUAUUGUUUCAAGUGAGUGGUCUAUUCGUGAGGCGGCUAUUCUAGCCUUUGGUGCUAUUGCUGAAGGAUGCGUGUCACAAGUCGAUGUUCAUUUACCACAACUCAUCCAGUAUCUAGUUGCUCGCCUUGGUGAUAAAGAAGCGCCAGUAAGACAAAUUGCAUGCUGGACACUGAGCAGAUAUAGUCCUUGGGUGGUCGACCAUUCCAAGACCGACCAUCAGCAAUAUUUUGUUCCUGUAUUAGAGGGUCUGCUCAAGUGCUGUUUAGAUCGAAAUAAAAAAGUUCAAGAGGCUGGAUGCAGUGGGUUUUCUGUAUUUGCUGAGAAUGCCAGGGAAAGUAUCCUACCAUAUCUAGGUGUGUCUCUCCAACAACUAUCACUAUGCUUCAGGAAAUAUCAGGCCAAAAAUAUGCUGGCAUUAUAUGACACAAUCCAGACCUUGGUUGACAGCGUUCCAGAGGGAAUCAGUGAACCUCAACAUAUUGGUCUUAUUCUUCCUCCCCUACUAGAAAAAUGGAGUCAGAUGAAGGAUGAUGAUCGUGAUCUGACACCUUUGCUGGAAUGUCUAUCAACGAUUACUGCCACGGCUGGGGAGCAGUUCAGCCCUUAUGCCCCUACUGUCUUCGAACGGACUUGUGCCAGUUUAAAGAAUAAUCUUAUCCAGGAGCAGGCUUACCAGCAGGAUCCAUCUUCUGUGGAUGGUCCAGAUAAGGAUUUUAUUAUAACUAAUUUGGAUUUAUUGGAUGGCAUAGUCCAAGGGCUUGGCGAGCACGCUUCGCAACUCAUUUCGCAAGCCCAACAGCCACCGUUUGUUGAGAUGGUCCUUGCAUGCUUCCAGGACGAACUUUUAGAGGUAAGACAGUCUGCAUUCGCACUGUUAGGAGACAUGGCCAUUUACACAUAUGAUCAGUUGAAGCCCUUCAUAAGCACAAUUCUUCGUGAGACAAUUAGUCAAAUUGAUAGUUCAAACCCGCAUGCUGCUGCUGUUUGCAACAAUGCUAUCUGGUCUGCUGGUGAAAUUGCUCUUCAAAUCACUCGUGAGGAAAUUGAACCGUUUGUUCAAGAACUUUUGCAAAGACUUGUACAGGUUCUUCAGUCGCCAGCUGUUGAUACUGUGUUGGAAAAUGCUGCCAUUGCCAUCGGUCGUUUGGGUAAAGUAUGCGCUGACAUUGUGGCACCGCACAUUGGUUUGUUCAUCGAUAAAUGGUGCACUAGCAUUAAGUACGUCGAUGAGACCGAUGAAAAAGAUAGCGCAUUCCAAGGAAUUUGCCACAUUAUUGCUGCCAACCCAUCAGGUCUCUCAAAUGAGAAAUCGCUACUUGUUUUUAUUGACACCAUAGCAAUUUACAACGAACCAAGUCAUGCUCUUGCCAUGCUCAUUUCUAAGGUUUUAGAGGGUUACAAAGGUUUCAUCUCUGAUUGGGACAAAAGAGUCAUGGCACAACUUAGUCAAGAGAGUGCAAACAGCCUUCGUCAAAGAUAUGGCCUCUAG